AUGAAGUCUGCAUUAUGGUUUCUCUUUGCACUUUUGAUGGUUGGAUGCUUGUGCCAGAUCUCUCCACACCGUGGACCAAGAAUGAGCAACACUUUCCGUUUCUCCACAUACACACGAGAAGCAAAAGUUCAUAUCUUUCGAUCCACCAAAUCUUCUGUCAUUGUAGCUCCAUCUCUACCAAUCAGAUUCAAUGACAUCAACUACUACUGGUACGGAAAUUAUGUUUUCGAUGACAGCCACCCACUGAAAUGCGAAUAUGACAUAGAUGAAUCUGAUCACGAGUUUAUCUCAGUUGUUCACAAAGACGGUAGCAAACCUCAAUCUCUUCAGUACGGUUGUUUGAACUAUGAGCAAUGUUGUGGUCUAGAGUGUUGUGGAGACAUUCGAACUUCGACUGUCACCAUGUGUAUUGUCUUUCUAAUCUUCCUGGGAUUAUGCGUUGCCGUCUCGAAGUACAAUGCUUAUGUGAAUUCGCGCAGAGAAUCGGUUUCGAUGAAUGCUAUUCGUCUUCCUCGAAAACCGCGUGCAAAAAAGAAUGCUGAAAUUCAUGAAGUUUGA